AUGAUCCGUCCGUUGUUGUUCGCCCUAGGAUUGGUGUCUACUUUCGGAGGUGCACUCGCCAAAGAACGCAUGACCAACGCGGACAGGUUCAAAAGAGGGUUACCCCCCUUGGCUCCUGGGAGACGAUACGAUCCAACGGCUACUCAUGCCCUCGUCAGCCGAGUAUCGGAUGAUGCUCGACAAGCGAUCAUCCAAGCUUCUCCCCCGCCUGGACAGGGGAAUAGAAAGCGCGAGGGAGAUCCGACGGUGGAUACAUCUUAUUUGAGCUACAGUUUCAACGGUGAUGUCUUUUACUUCACCACCAACAUAGAUGCCGCCAUGGUGUUCACACUUGGUGAAGCUGGAUCCGAGCAGACCAUAACCUUCAACGAUGGUGAGAAUGAACGGUAUCUAUGCUCAAGAGUCUGGCGGACGCCUAAGGACGGUGUUAUCAUACACGAUGAUGGACGGCCUUCUGCUUCGGUCUACUUUGGGGGUUGCUCAGGUUCUACCUCGACUGAGGAAGCGUACGGCUCUGAAGAACAGAUCCCAAUUUGGACUAUCCCAACCGAUCUUCCCGGAGAUGUCAUCUCCACUUUUUUCAACAAUGACGAGACUACUAGCAGUUAUGGAUAUUGGAUCUUCAACGAUAAUGUCGAUGACCUGCCUUAUACGCUUGGAGGCGCUGAGCAGAAUGAUGAUUUUCAAAUUGAGGAUCAGCUAGAGCCGUUUUCAGCAGUUGCGCAUAACAUAACAACUAUUGAAGGUGCGCGAGUACGAGCCCCACACAGCGUCCGAGUUAGUAUAACGGCUCAGUAUAACCGCCUCUCACGCGGUAGAUCGGGGUUCGACCCCCCGACUCGGAACACAGGCUCCAGACCCGCCUAG